AUGAGCGAGACAGACAAUCCGUCUCCGCUUCAUGACAACUCAGGGGCUCAUGAAAGGACACAAGUCAAUGAUAUAAGAUCAAAUUCAUCUGAUAUCAGGAUUGUUCUGCUGGGUAAAACUGGAUCAGGAAAGAGUUCAACAGGAAACACUAUACUGGGCAGAGGGUGUUUUACGGUGGAUGAUUCACUAGAGUCAUGUACUAAAACCUGUGAGAAAAGAGAAGUACUGAUUGGUAACCAGAGGAUCUCAGUCAUCGACACUCCAGGCCUGUUUGAUACCACAAUGUCCAAACAGGAAGUGGAGCAUGAAAUAAAGAAGUGUGUGGAGAAGUCUCUUCCUGGUCCUCAUGUGUUUCUGCUGGUCAUCAGACUGGACGUGAGAUUCACAGAAGAAGAGAAAAACACAGUGAAAUGGAUUCAGAAGAACUUUGGAGAAGAAGCUGCACGCUACACCAUCAUUCUGUUCACUCACGCUGAUCAUCUGAGGGGGAAACCAUUAUAUGAGUAUAUCAGACAAUCUGAUGCUGUCAAAGCUCUAGUUAAUGAGUGUGAUGGCAGAUUUCAAUCAUUCAACAAUAACGACACGCAGAACAGCUCACAGAUCACUGAACUGCUGGAGAAGAUUGAGAAAAUGAAGGAGAAUGGAAUAGGGUACUACACUAAUAAGAUGUACGAAGAAGCUCAGUGGCGAUUAAACAGGGAAAAGUUCUGGUCUGGAAAUCCUCGGAUUGUGCUGCUGGGUAAAACUGGAUCAGGAAAGACCAGUGCUGUUGAAACCAUUGUGGGCCGAGAGAGUUUUACUAAAACCUGUCAAAUACAUGAAGCUUGUGUUGAUGGAAAGAACAUGAAAAUAAUCGACACUCCAGGACUGAUUGAUGCACCAGCAGAGAAGAUGAAAGCUGAAUUAGAGAAGUGUGUCCACAUGUCUGCUCCUGGUCCUCAUGUGUUUCUGCUGGUCAUCAGACUGGAUAAGAGAUUCAAAGAUGAGGAGAAAAACACAGUGAAAUGGAUUCAGAAGAACUUUGGAGAAGAUGCUGUACAUCACACCAUCAUUCUGUUCACUCACGCUGAUCAUCUGAAGAGAAAACCAUUAGAUGAUUAUAUCAGAGGCAAUCCAGACCUACAGGUAGUUACUGAAGGGUUUGGUGGCAGAUUUCACUCAUUCAACAAUAAGAACAUGGAGAAUCACUCUCAGGUCACUGAACUGAUGCAGAAAAUUAAUGAAAUGGUCGAGAAGAAUGGAUUACUGCACUACACCAUUGAAAUGUACCAGAAAGCUCAGGGAAAUAAGCAGUUCUGGUCCGAGAAACCAAGAAUUGUGCUUCUGGGAAAGACUAGAUCAGGAAAGAGUGCUGCAGGAAAUGCCAUCAUGGGUCAAGAGAAUUUUAAGAGGAGAAAUUCAGCUGAUUUUUCUACUAAAACCUGCAAACUACAUACGACACAUGUGGCUAGAAGAAGCAUAAAAAUAAUCGAUACUCCAGGACUGAUUGAUGCACCAGAAGAGAAGAUGAAAGAUGAAUUAGAGAAGUGUGUCCACAUGUCUGCUCCUGGCCCUCAUGUGUUUCUGCUGGCCAUCAGACUGGACAUGAGAUUCACAAAAGAGGAGAAAAACACAAAGAAAUGGAUUCAGAAGAACUUUGGAGAAGAAGCUGUACAUCACACCAUCAUUCUGUUCACUCACGCUGAUCAUCUUAAGGAACAAUCAUUAGAUGAUUAUAUCAGAGGCAAUCCAGAUCUACAGGCAUUUACUGAAGAGUUUGGUGGCAGAUUUCACUCAUUCAACAAUAAGAACAUGGAGAAUCACUCUCAGGUCACUGAACUGAUGCAGAAAAUUAAUGUAAUGGUCGAGAAGAAUGGAUUACUGCACUACACCAUUGAAAUGUACCAGAAUCGUCAUUUCUUCCUGGAUGUGUCGUGUCCUCUGCUCAACACAGGAGGCUCCGUCUACCACCGUGGAGAGGAGGGUGGCCUUCCUCCUCUUGGCCCUCCUCCCAUUCUCCUCACAAACCCCCUAGUACCCAGUCCUCCUAUGUCCUGCCAACGGAGGAGGAAUGGGUACGCCUCACCAUCCCUAGAGGCAGCUGGAGAGGCUGCUGUGCCCCUAGAGGUGGCCGAUGAGGCUGCAGCUCCUCGUGUGGCAGCCGAGGAGGCCGCAGUGCCCCUGAGAUCCGAUGGUGCAUUUUAA